AAGCGAGCGUGAUCUCGCAGGCCUGUUGUGUCUGACGAUAGACGCUGCGUGGGGGUUUUCGCUUGAUGUCAUUGGGAAAGACGCGAGAGCUGCGUUUACACCACUGUUUCUCAUGCUUCUGCAGCGUCUUCCACUCGUUUCUCUCCAAAUACACUCAUCUAACGAGCUUUCACGCUACACGGGCGGGAUUUCGACGGGUUUUUGAGCAUGAAGAUGAUGCGGCGGUGUUGUGCUCCCGCUCGGCGUCCGUGCAGAUGCGCGCACAGCUGAGGAGAAAGAUGGACCAUAACACCGUCGAUGAAAACGUCCCUGUACGGAACUAAUUCGUUGUUUUAACGCGUUCGCCGAUAAAUUCCCGCAGUCGAGAGCUUCUUCACGAUGGAUAUGUGGACGUCGAGUGGCAGCAGGCCCUCCGGAUGGCAAACAAACCGUGAGGAUCUGUAGCUAGUAAACCUGCUAGCUAGUAUCUAACAGAAGAGCACCGCAGUCAGUCACUAUAUGAGGAUGGAGCAUCAGCCCUAAGCUCUUAUUAGGAGGAAGAUCAGGCACAGAACCUGGUCUUUAAUGAGUUUGUUUUGUUCUCCAAGGCUGCUGGACUUCUAGCCAUAUCAUAUCACGCCAUAUCAUGCAGUCGGACUCGAGCAGGGACCAUCCUGUUUACUGACUGCUUCUGAUAGCUAUAGAGAGACUAGCUCCAGUUCUUCACUCCUGUAUCAGAGUCCAGGUAACCUGAGAUGGAUAAACUCACCAUUAUUUCAGGAUGUCUCUUUCUGGCUGCGGAUAUAUUUGCCAUAGCGAGCAUUGCCAAUCCAGACUGGAUCAACACUGGCGAGUCAGCAGGAGCUCUUACUGUGGGGCUGGUGCGUCAAUGUCAGACCAUUCACGGACGAGAUCGAACCUGCAUCCCCCCACGACUCCCUCCGGAGUGGGUCACCACGCUCUUCUUUAUCAUCAUGGGCAUCAUCUCCCUCACGGUCACCUGUGGACUGCUGGUGGCCUCACACUGGCGUCGAGAAGCCACAAAGUACGCAAGGUGGAUCGCCUUCACAGGAAUGAUCUUGUUUUGUAUGGCCGCCCUCAUAUUCCCAAUAGGAUUCUACAUCAAUGAAGUCGGGGGACAACCAUACAAAUUACCCAACAACACAGUGGUGGGCUCCUCCUAUGUACUGUUCGUGCUCUCCAUCUUCUUCACAAUAGUGGGGCUCCUGUUUGCGGGAAAAGUCUGCCUUCCUGGCUGAGGGGACGUUCCCAGCAGGGCCAGCUGGGGAGUUCAAAGUGAAACGGAAAGAAUCGGCACUCAUCUUGAAGGGUUGUGGUAUAUAGUAAUAACUAUUGAACUGCGAAUCUAAACAGACGAUUACUGCACACACUACAUACGAGUGUGUCCGACCACGUGCUCCCCUCCGCCCAACCUGUGCUUCGUUAAACCCGUGCUGUCUUUAUGUUGCACCUUUGAGUUCAACCCAAAGGAUCGGGGCUUUGGAGUACACGCAGGCCCGUCCGAUUCGGCGCAGCGGCUGCCUACAGUACUACUUUACUUUGGAAUAUAGUUCCGUUAUCUUCUGUUCAUUUGAGUUUCACACAAUUGCGCCCCCUACCUAUGUGGAGAGGAAAUACAAGAAACUGGUGGAGAAUGCGGGCAGCGAGAUAUUAGAAGAGGGGCUCCCCACGUUCUCUCUAGUGGCCCGAGAGCUGGCCGGGACACUGCACUGUUACAAAAGAGGGAAAUUUAAAAGGGAACAGUAUUAAGAACAUUUUUGCGCGCACACUACACGAGGCCAACGCCCCAGGACUGCCGGUCAGGACCCUGCAAGGCUGUGCCUCACCUGUUACACGCUCAGAUAUCGAGGGACGCGUCUCUGAAUCUGACGUCAUACCAAAACAAACUCCCGCCUGAGCUCACUCACAGGCGGAUGUAUUUGUGCUUUGACUUUACACCUGCUCAUCUCUUCUUGUUUUGAUCUCUGGGUUUGCAGAGCCCUUUACUUGUUUGGUUUGAUUUGCUAACGUGCCAUAAACCUGUUUUCAUUGUAUGAAUGCUAAAGGCAUGAGUUGGGUUUUAGGGAGCACUGUGCGGUAUAGCCAUUUUAGUAGGUGAAGCACUACCGAUGUACAAAAAUGAACUCCUUACCUCAUUAUUUUGCGAUUCAGAAUGAUUUUUCUUUUUCCCGUCACCAUGACAAAUUAUGUGCCCUGUAAGUUAUGUUCUGCCUUGAUCACGGACAUUUCGUUCGAAUGCUGCGAUCAUGGCGAAUUAUUUAUCUGACACUGAAUAAAAGGAGCUCAAGAAUGCGUACGUGUUACAUCAGCUCUGUUUUUAAAGCGUUCCCCGUUUUCGGAAAGCAGAUGUACUGUGUGAGUGUCUCUGACAGUGGAACAAAACCAGAAGUGUUUAUUUAUGAUGGAUGUGUGAUAUGAAGGUUACAUUUUGCCCACAAGCUGUUUUUUUUUUCAUAAAUCUUCUCUAAGUGUGUGUUUUGUUUUAUUUGAAUGUGCUUUUUUUGUUCAACCCACUUAAGAAAGGUCAUGCUCACAGUCGCCUUUACGUUCUUUACUAAGUUAAUUUCAUGAAUGCUUUGAAAGACUGCACUUUUCCUUGGAAGCAUUCGUAUUCAUUAUAGGGAUGGCAAACAGAUAAAGUAUAUUUAUUCAAAUUUUAGAUGAUUCUCAUAAAUCUGUGGAUCGAAGAAUUGAUAACUCCCACCUGCAUUCAGUACUAUUGCUUUUGGCAACUCCUAUCGCACUGGGACCUAAAUUAAUGUGAACUGUGAGAACGACGGUGGCCCGCGGUGGACGACUUCCGUGCUAAAGACUGCUUCUGCUUUGGAUAUUUUUGGAAACCCAUCAUAAAAUGGAAAAAACCAAGUGCAUAUAGGGUAAUGAAAAGCUAUUAUUUAUGAUUCUAAAAGGGAAGGAAACAAAUGUAUGAUGAGUAACAGUAUUAUCUAUCAAAGGAUAUUAGCAGUCCUUGUGCACAGUUACUGUUAACAGAUCCGUAUUACUGGCAAGACAACUGUUUUCUCUGCUACUCUUUGUUUCAGUAUCUCACUGUAUACAAUAAAAGGCAUUCAAGAAGGCGAA